GUGGGUACGGGUGCACCGCGGCGACGGGAGAUUGUGGAGCGGAGGAGCCGCGAGGAAAACGUGCGCUCUAGCGCAGCCCUCAUUCGCCCAGUGCGCCAUUCGACGUCAAUCGUGUCGCUGGUCAAUUCGUACUUUCUGUCCGGACAUUAACGACUGCCACAACCUAACUUACUGCUAAGUCGCCCUCUUCAACACGCGUUGCACGAAUUGUCAGCCGUCGUACAGCUUAAGCCAGCCCGCAAGCCAAGAUGAGGUUCGGCCAGCAGCUCCGCACCUCGCUCAUCAAGGACUGGUACUACUACUACAUCGACUACGACGGCCUCAAGGAGAGCCUGAGCAAGUCGGGCGAGGGCGAUGCCACGACCACCGACCGCUCCCGCCCGCCCAAGCACGGCGCCUGGACCGAGGCCGACGAGCAGCGCUUCGUGCGGGAGCUCGAGCAGGAAUUGGACAAGGUCCACACCUUCCAGCAGGUCAAGAGCCAGGAAAUCGUGCGCCGCAUCAAGGCCUCGGAGAAGGAGGUCAACGACGUCAUCGCCCGCGCCGAACAGCACAACGACGACGAGCCCUCCGAGGAGGACUUUAUGCUGCUCGAGGAGGACCUGAGCGACAUCAUCGCCGACGUGCACGACCUCGCCAAGUUCACCCAGCUCAACUACACGGGCUUCCAGAAGAUUAUCAAGAAGCACGAUAAACAAACCCAAUGGCACCUGAAGCCAGUUUUCGCCGCGCGGCUGCGAGCCAAGCCCUUUUUCAAGGACAACUACGACGCCUUCAUCGUCAAGCUGUCGAAGCUUUACGACCUGGUGCGGACGCGUGGUAACCCCACCAAGGGCGACGCUGCCGCGGGCGGUGGCCAGCAAAACUUCGUCCGCCAGACCACCAAGUACUGGGUGCACCCGGACAACAUCACCGAGCUCAAGCUCAUAAUCCUGAAGCACCUGCCCGUCUUGGUCUUUAACGCGAGCAAGGAAUUCGACCCCAAGGACUCGGCCAUCUCGUCCAUCUACUAUGACAACACGGACACCUGGGAGCUGUACACGGGCCGCCUGAAGAAGACUGAAGGUGCCGAGGCCAUCCGUCUCCGCUGGUACGGAGGCAUGGAGAACGACACCAUCUUCGUGGAGCGGAAGACGCAUCGCGAGGACUGGACCGGCGAGAAGUCGGUCAAGGCGCGUUUCGCGCUGAAGGAGAAGAACGUCAACGCCUUCCUGUCGGGGAAGAUGACCGUCGACCAAGUCUUUGACAAGAUGCGGAAAGAGGGCAAGAAGGGCGAGAAGGAGAUUGCGGACCUCGAGCAACUUGCCCGCGAGAUCCAGUACCGCGUCAUCACCCGCAAGCUGGUUCCCGUGACGCGAUCUUUCUACAACCGCACUGCCUUCCAGCUCCCGGGCGACGCACGUGUGCGUAUCUCCCUCGAUACCGAGUUGACCAUGACCCGCGAGGACAAUUUGGAUGGCCGGAAGAGGACGGGCGACAACUGGCGACGGAUGGACAUCGGCAUCGACUAUCCGUUCUCCCAGCUGCCGCCCGAGGACGUCGAGCGCUUCCCGUACGCCGUCCUCGAAGUCAAGCUCCAGACGCAAGCCGGACAGGAGCCGCCACAGUGGAUUCGCGAACUCACAGCCAGCCACCUCGUCGAGGCAGUGCCGAAGUUCAGCAAGUUCAUCCACGGCACAGCGACGCUGAACCCGUCGCGCAUCCACCUGCUCCCCUUCUGGAUGCCGCAAAUGGACGUCGACAUCCGCAAGCCCAUCAGCCACCGCUUCGGGAUCGAGCGACCAGGGCAAAGCGCCGACAUCUCGACCAGCGGCCCCUACGACGACGACACAGACGACGAGCACGACAACCUGCCGCUGCCCAGCAACGACGCGUCGGACACGGAGGACCUGCGGCGGCUGCGCGAAGCCCGCGACGCCAUGGAGCAGCACGACAUGCAGCAGCAGCGAGACUACGGCAACGGGAACACGACGCGGCCGGGCGGGCCCAACGAGCUCGACAUCGAAGAGCGCAUUGCGGCGCGCCCCCUGCCCCAGCCCGACGACGACUACCCCCUGUACGACUCGGACGACGAGGACGACGCCCUGGAUGAGGCGCGCCGCGUCGGCGGGUGGCACUACCGGCGCAAGCUGCUGGAGCACUAUGCCAGUGCAGCGGGGGCGCGGGCGUGGGCAGCGCUGAAGGCGGCGCGGCCGGUGCCCCACGCGACCGCUAUGCCCGAGGGCAAUGGCAAUGGUGGCGCGGCCGCGACGCUGGGUGUGCCCAAGUACAGCGGCGAGGUGCGCCGCUUCAAGGCGCCGAAGGGCAAGCGCAUCCACGUGCCUGUGCGCGUGGAGCCGAAGGUGUAUUUUGCUGCCGAGCGCACGUUCCUCAGCUGGUUGGAGUUUUCGAUUAUCCUGAGCUCGAUCGCGGCCACGUUGCUGAAUUUCGGCGACGCCAUCGCCCUCACCUCCGCCUGGGCCUUCACGCUCCUCGCCUGCGCCAGCCUCUUCUACAGCAUGGGGCUGUACCUGUGGCGCGUCGACAAGAUCCGCAACCGCCGCGCUGUGCGCUACCAUGACAAGUACGGCCCGACGGCGCUGUGUGUCGGGCUGUUGGCUGCUGUGGCGGUGAGCUUUGGGCUUAGGCUUGGGAAAGGGGGGUGGGAUGGGGGGCUGAAGGGGUAGGAGUGGUGUGGUUUGCGGGGGUGGGGGUGAAGUGGGUGAAGGGGGGGUGGUGUGUGCUGUAGGGUGAGUUCUUUUGGGGGAGGAAAGGCAAAGCGAGGAAGGGGAGGAGAGGAAGUGUUGUGCGGUUAAAAUUGAUGGUUUUUUUUUAGCGGGCGGUUACAUAUAUCUAUACAGAACAAGUAUUGACGCAAGUUUGAGCGGGGUGCAGCGUAUGGAUUUUGUUGUUCGCUUUAUUUUGCUUCGUUUACAUAUGCAGUACAAUUGACGCUGUAGUUCUAGUUCGUCGUGGUACGUAACACGUACCUAAUCCAACGUAUGUACAACCACGACGAACUACAACUACACACCACCAUCCACGAGCCGUAAAAG